GCCCUCCCGCCUGCUCCCUCCAGUCACCCCACCCUUAGCUGUCCCCGCCACCUUACUCCACCACCCUCCUCUGCCUCUCCGCGCACUCCGCGUCCCGGCCUCCAGCUCCCCUUUCCCUUGAACCGCUCACUUCACAGCCCGUCGCCCCCGGGAAGAAGAAACAUUUACCGAAGCGCACUCCUCAGCCCUCCCUCCCCACACGCUCGCCCUCCCCUCCCCCUGCUCUUUCUUGGGGGAGGGGGGCUGUCGCCUUGGAUUGAAGGCCAUUGAUUUGUAUGUAUUUGUCCCAGCGCUGGAGGCUGCCCCAGCCGCCGCGCCGGUGCCGCUGCUGCCAGUGGAGUUGCCUCCCCGCUUCCCUAGGGUGGUUCGGCUCCACCAAACAUGUCGGCUCCUGUCGGGCCCCGGGGCCGCCCGGCUCCCACCCCGGCGGCCUCUCAGCCGCCUCUGCAGCCCGAGAUGCCUGACCUCAGCCACCUCACGGAGGAGGAGAGGAAAAUCAUCCUGGCCGUCAUGGAUAGGCAGAAGAAAGAAGAGGAGAAGGAGCAGUCCGUGCUCAAAAAACUGCAUCAGCAGUUUGAAAUGUAUAAGGAACAGGUAAAGAAGAUGGGAGAAGAAUCACAGCAACAGCAAGAACAGAAGGGUGAUGCGCCAACCUGUGGUAUCUGCCACAAAACAAAGUUUGCUGAUGGAUGUGGCCAUAACUGUUCAUAUUGCCAAACAAAGUUCUGUGCUCGUUGUGGAGGUCGAGUGUCAUUACGCUCAAACAAGGAGGACAAAGUGGUUAUGUGGGUAUGUAAUUUGUGCCGAAAACAACAAGAAAUCCUCACUAAAUCAGGAGCGUGGUUUUAUAAUAGUGGAACUAAUACACCACAGCAACCUGAUCAAAAGGUUCUUCGAGGGCUAAGAAAUGAGGAGGCACCUCAGGAGAAGAAACCAAAACUACAUGAGCAGACCCAGUUCCAAGGACCCUCAGGUGACUUAUCUGUACCUGCAGUGGAGAAAAGUCGAUCUCAUGGGCUCACAAGACAGGAUUCUAUUAAAAAUGGGUCAGGCGUGAAGCAUCACAUUGCCAGUGACAUAGCUUCAGACAGGCAUUCACCUGCUUCAAGAUGAAACUGCUCAUCUCCUUCCCAGCCACUGGCUGCCAGAAACUCAUUGAAGUGGACAAUAAAUGUGAACGGCACUUUUUAUGAGAAGCAUAUGGCCACAGAAGUUGCUGCUGAUGCUCUGGUUGAAGAAUGGAAGGGUUAUGUGGUCCUAAUCAGUGGUGGUAACGACAAACAAUGAUUCCCCAUGAAGCGGGGUAUCUUGAUUCAUGGCCGUGUCC